CCUUGGUGCUCCCACACCUCGAGUACUGCGUACAGACAUGGGCACCGAACCUCGUACUCGACCAAAAGACUCGAGAGCUCAAUGUCGUUUUCAAAACUUUUAAAAAAAGCCUUGGACAACCCUACGGAAUUCAAUGUAUGGACUACAUUGCUGGAUCUCGUUGAAAAACAACAAAAUAUAGAUCAUGCUCGAAAGGCAUUUGAAAAUUUCUUCGACCACUUUCCUUACUGCUACGGCUAUUGGAAGAAGUGGGCUGACAUGGAGCGUCACAAAGGAAACAAGGAGGAGGCUCUGAAUGUUUAUGAAAAAGGUGUAAAAGCAGUUCCUCUCAGCAUUGACCUAUGGACCGCUUAUUUAGAUGCGGCCGUCGAUCUCUAUGAAGAAGCACUCGAAGCUGCCGGUUUGGAGUUUCGUUCCGAUGCCUUGUGGGAACAUUAUAUCGGCUGGGAAACCAGUCACAAUCUCUGUCUUGUCGUCGCAUUUACAUUGUCACGGUACGCACUUUCUUACUCUCCAGGUUGGCCCCCUAUACACAGAAGGCGUACGGAGAUUGUCUUUGAUCAUUGUUACCUUUGUUAUAGCACCAGAAUACGUUGGUAA